AUGGGCAAACCACGCGCAGCUCGUUCCCUAGCUGAUCAGCUUGCUGAUUUUGAAGAUCCAACUCCUAAAGAUUUCGAUCCCGAGGAUAUCGAUAAUGGCCAACAAUCAAGCGAUGAUGAAGGUGAAGAUCAAGAAGAAGUGAACACAGGCAGAGAGCACUACCAGACUGUUGGGAAAGCAAAGCUCCGCAAAGAUGACCCCCUCCCCCUGGGGAAACAAUAUGAUGGUGCCCGGGUCAGCCGGGCAGCGCUAGGCGCUGAAAGUGAUGAAGACGAAGAUGACGAGGACUCAGACAUCUCGUCCGGCUCCGAAGAAUUUGCCAGCGGCGACGAUGCCCUUGCCCAGGAGAGUUCUGAUGAGGACACGGAGGGAGGCGAGGAUGACGACGAAGAAGAGAGCGAAGAGGAUGACGAGGAUGAAAGUGAGGAUGCCGAUGAGGUAGUGCACAAGCACUCCAAGAAGACCCGCCAAGAUGCCCGACAUGGCGACACAACCGGACCGUCUGGUGACCGCGACGAGAUCCGGAAACUAAUGGCGACGGAUCAGAAAACUAUUGCUGCGACAAUCUCCUCGGCAGCCAAGGCUGAUGCUACGAAGGGAAAGGCUGUCAAGCAACAACGUACCACUUUUGAUGCGCUCCUUAACGCGCGGAUGAAGCUUCAGAGCGGAUUGACCUCUAUCAACGGUAUUGCUGCUGUCUUGGGCUCCAAGAACGAAGCAGAUGGAGAGGACCCGAUGAACGACGACGAGGAAGUUGUUGACGAGGAAGCAAUCAAGUCGGCGGAGUCAGCUGCGCUGGCGUUGUGGUCGACUCUCGAAGGGUUACGUACUGCCCUAGCCGAUGCUACCGCCAAAGAAGGCAGCAAAAAACGCAAGCGACCCUCCCCCGCCUCGCCUACUACCAGCUCUGCCUCGCUAUGGGAACGCAUGGCUGAAUUGGAGUCCGAGUCCAUUUCGCACCGUCGUUCCGUUCUCGACAAGUGGUCCUCGAAAGUUCGCGGCACUUCUGCAUCUCUCCCCAACGCUAGAGGCAAAUUACUUGGUUCUACCUCCGGUCGCCAACAGACCAUCACAGCCGUCCUCGAUGCCCAAGUCGCCACAGAAAUUGGAGAACGACCCUCCAAGCGUUCGCGCACAUCUGAUCAACAAGAACCUCUCUACGAUGAUGGGGCGUUCUACCAGUCCCUUUUGCGUGAUCUUGUUGAGCAGCGCAUGUCCUCAACCGAUUCCAUGACCAGUGGCUUUGACAACCUGCACCAGCUGCCCUCUCGUUUGCCGAUUCACCCCAUCACCGGUAUGCGCAACGAUAAGGUGAAGCGAGACAUUGAUACCCGUGCUUCCAAGGGCCGAAAGAUGAAGUACAAUGUGCAUGAAAAGCUUCAGAACUUCAUGGCUCCUGAUGACCGUGGUUCCUGGUCUACGCGCGCACGGGAUGAGUUCUUUGCUUCUCUGCUCGGCAAAACGGCCAGUGGUUUGCUCGGUGAAGGCGAUGAGGGUGCCAGCGAUGAAGAGGAUGAUGUUGAUCGGGAGGAAGGUGGCCUGAGACUGUUCCGGAACUAG